GCUCAGGCUAUUGUUUCAUUUUUGUUGUUGUUCUUACACUCAUGCCCUUUUUUGAAAAAGGGCAGUCCACUCCAGAGCCCAAUCUGGGCCAUCUUUUGGCUGUUUCCUGUGUGAACCAUUUGCUAAAAUAAUAGGCACUCCCAGUCUCUGAAAGCAAAGGAAAUGAAACUAGCUGUGAGCCUCCUUGUUGUGAAGCAGCAAGCAUGGCAGCUACUCCUAGGGAUGUCAUUCAGGAGCUCUGUGAGGAAGCCACUUGUUCUCUCUGCCUGGAUUAUUUCACAGAUCCAGUGACCAUUGAAUGUGGGCACAAUUUCUGCCAAGGCUGCCUUACUCAGUGCUGGCAGCAAUUGGACCAGGAAGUCUGCUGCCCUCAGUGCAGAAAGUCUUUCCAGCCCAAGAACCUUGUGCCAAAUUGGCAGCUGGCAAACUUUGUGGAAAUAACCAAGAAGCUCAGGCAUCUAGGGGGAAAGGGGGCACUGGCCAAAGAAGUCAAGGGGGAAAUCUGCGAGAAGCACCAGGAGCCUUUGAAACUUUUCUGCAAGACUGACCGAACUGCCAUCUGUGUGGUUUGUGACAGAUCUCUGGGGCAUAGAAAUCAUGAGGUUGUUCCAGUGGAGGAGGCUGCCCAGCAGUGCAAGAAUCAGAUCUGCAUUCACCUGGAAUUUAUGAAAAAGGAGAGAGAGAAAAUGCUGGCAUAUGAAGCUGAAACAGAAAAGGAAUGCCAAGACUUACUUAAGCAAAUGAAUGCAGAGAUUGAGAAGACAGUAGCAAAUUUCAGACAACUGCACCAGUUUCUGGAAGAACAAGAGAUGCUUCUGCUGGCUAAGAUGGAAUUGGCGGUGAAGGAAAUCACAAAAGCAAGGGAUAAGGGCUGGAUGAGAAUUUCAAAGGAAUUCUCCUUUGUUGAGAGUCUUGUCCAGGAGAUGGAAGAGAAAUGUCAACAACCACAUAUGCAACUCCUUCAGGAUGAUAGAAGCAUUUUUCUGAGCAACAUGGAAAAGGUGACAUUUGCGUAUCCAAUGGCUUUCCCUCCAGAGCUGAAGUGGGAAAUUUGGGACUCCCGUGAAAUAAGUUCCUUUCUAGCUAGUGUCAUGAAACAGUUCAGAGAUGCUCUGAUAUCAGGACAGCAGUGGCAGAAGGCAAACGUCACACUGGACCAGGACACAGCACACCCACAACUUAUCCUCUCUCCGGACCACAAGAGUGUGAGAUUGGGAGAAAAAUGUCAAAAGCUGCCUAAGAAGGAGGAAAGAUUUACUGAGAAAUAUAUCGUGUUAGGCUGCAAAGGAUUCACAGCAGGGAGACAUUUUUGGGACGUUGCUGUAGGAAAUGAAGAGGAAUGGGCAGUCGGGGUCGCCCGGAAAUCUGUGAAGAGAAAAGGCUCAAUUGAGUUUAAUCCUAAAGGAGGAAUCUGGGAAAUGGGGAAGUGGGGUGGGCAGUACAGGGCCCCCAAUCCAUCCCCUGAAUCUCUUCUUCGCUUGGGCAAGGAGCCCAAGAGGAUCCGAGUGUCUCUGAAUAGUGCUGCAGGUGAGGUGGCCUUUUAUGACGCGGACACAGCGGCCGCAGUCUACACCUUCUCAGCAGCCUCAUUCGCAGGAGAGACUCUUCUCCCCUUCUUUUGGGUGAGGCAAAAAGGCUACCUCAGGGUUUCCUAAAAGAAAUGUACAAGUCUGCUCCAUCGACCGAAAUAGUGGGAUUGUUUUCCCAGAAGGGAUGGAUUUAAACAUUUUAAAAAAUAUAUUUGUAAUGAGCACUCUCGACAGCUUUUCCAAAAUCAGUUUUAUUGUUAACUUCCUCGAGUCAAUCUCAACUCAUGGCGACCGUAUAAAUGAGACUUCCCCAAGAUUCCCUAUCUACCACUGCUCUGCUUAGGUCCUUUAAAUUCAUGCUCAUCACCUCAUUUAUAGAGUCCAUCCAUCUAGCAUGCAACCUUCCUCUCUUUCUACUUUCCCUUCACCUUUCCUAGCAUUACUAUUUUUACCAAUGAGUCCUGCUUUCUCAUGAUGUGGCCAAAAUAUGGCAGCCUCAAUUUCAUCAACUUGGCUUCUAGGGAGAUUUCAAGCUUGAUCUGUUGUUCAAGGAUCCGUUGGUUUGUGUUUUUGUUCAUCCACAGAAUCCUCAGUGCUCUUCUCCAGAAGCACAUUUUAGACAGGAUUAAUUCUAAUCCUAUUUAGAAAAAAAUACAAAACUGUUGGGUUUUUAAAAUUCUCUUUUCCUGGAGUUCCUUCCUACCUGCGCAGUUCUGUCCUAAAAGAAACAAAAACCACUUUUAACAGUUACAAAUAGCUCAAAACGUUCAUGCACUGUUAACCUCCCAAUUAGAUUAAUUCAAUGUACUCUACUUGGGACUCAGAAACUGUUGCUAGUGCAAAACUAUCAGAGGGUCAGAGCAGACAGGCAGGAAAAGGUGGCUAGAUCCUGCAUUUCCCCAAAACGGGUCAAAAUCCCCCUGCCCAAAUGGCCUACUCCCAAGGGAGGCAAAAUGCACACAACCCAACCACAGUUUAGCAUCAACUAAUGCCAAGGCUCUCAACAACAGGGCCAUCGAUAUCUAAAGGAGCUUCCUAUAUGAGUAGGAAUUGAAGCUUGAAUGGGGAUAGAAGUGUGCUGGAGGUGUCCUCCUCUAUAACCCACCAUUGGGUGCCAGCAUGGUAUAAAGACAUGGGAAAGGGCCUUUUCUGCCCUGGCUCCUUAGUUAUGGGAUAGCCUUUGUGUAAAGUUCUGAUUGGCACGGAUGUUUUCAUUCUGGUGCCAAGUUGAAAUUUGAGUUUUCUAGGUGCAAACCAGAGAUCUCGUGGUGUAAGGCAAGAUAUAAUAAUCACAGAAAUCAAUUCGGAAGGGGUCACAAGCAGUGUUGUCACUAGGGGGAUGCAGGGGGUGCAAGGGGUUCAGACCACACCGGGAGAUGCCCUAAGAUGGGGUGAAAGCUGUCUCAAAUUGGAUUAUUUGUGCAGUGUGUUUUGGCCCAUAAUCAUCCAGACCCUUUGCCAUCUUGGUCACUCUCCUCUGAACAUGUUCCAGUUCAUCAAUAUCCUUUUGGAAUUGCAGUGCCUAGAACUGGACUAAGAACUCCAGGUAUUAUUGUUAUUACUAUUAUUAUUUUAUCCCACCUUUCUCCCAAUGUAGGCGGUAGUAGUAGUUGUAGUAGUAGUAGUAGUAGUAGCAUUCCAAAUUACUGGUUGUUAAUCUGCUGCUUACUUUGUCUUUAUUGUAUACUAGUUAGUAUUAUUGUAGAGAUAUUUUAAUCAUGUAAUGUUGUUUUAGAUUGUAUGUUGACUGGCAGGUUUUUAUUCUCCCCCUUAUUUUAUUCUCCCUUUGCUAUGUAAAGUGCUGUCCAAACUUUACAACGCUCUAUAAAUAAA